AGUGUGGUUCGUGAUUUACAAUGUGUAUAUUUUUUCUAAAUAUAUUCUAAUUUUCUCGAUUUUCAACAUUACCGUUGGUGUUGUGUCAUAUUUACAACGUUUUUAUUUUGUACAUUAAUCACUAAAUCAAAAUAAGAACAUAUUGAACCAGUUAUUCUACUAUGAAAUUCGAAGAUGUCCUUCCCAAAACUACCACCUUAUAUUUUACAAGAGCUACCAGAUAUAACUGAAACAGUAAAAUCGCCAAUUAAAAAUGUGCAGAGAAUAAAGUACACAUGCUUUGAUAUCUCAAGAUCUCUAAUUGCAUUUGGAGCGACUAGCGGUGGUAUUUACGUCUUCAACAGAUGGCCAUGUGAGUUUGUACAGCUAAUACCAAAUAAGGAUGGUCCCAUAACGCGAUUGGCGAUAUCUAUUGAUGAGAAACACAUAGGAUUCGCAAAUGGCAAAGGAAUUGUUACUGUGACAGGAUGCGAUCAACUCCAUAGCGGAGGAUAUUCAUCCACAAGUUCCAAGGACCAUAGCGGGAAUGAAGUGACAGCUUUGAUAUGGAGCAGAAACAUGCUCUUCAGUGGUGAUGACAUUGGCAAGAUUUCUGUUCUACAACUGCAAAGUUUUAUUGCAAAAACAAUGUUUCAAAGUUCUUCACAAAUAAUUAUGAGCUUAGAUUCUCGAAUUUGUCAAUUGGACUGUAGAGAAAGCAUGCUGCUUGUGUCUACUUUAACAAGAUGCUACAUUUGUAAUAUAGCACAAGAACAAUACAGACAAAUAGGACAGAAGUUGAGAGAUGGUGAAUUUGGCGUGUGUUUUGCUAGUAAAGGGCAGCAUAUAACUAAUGGUGUCAACAAUGAUACUAAAACAGAGCUGACAGAAGUAAAAAAGUAUGAUAAAGUAGAAGAUGAUAGUGGAUUCCUAGUUGGUGAAGAAUUUAAUAAUACAGUUGUGUUCUGUGCUCGACCAUCAUCUCGAUUGUGGGAAGCCACUGUCGAUGGAAUGGUACGAAGAACACAUCAAUUCAAACAGGUGCUAUCGAAAAAUGCAAUGAACAUUAUAAGUGCCGAAACAUAUUGCAAUGAAAAUGUGUGCUUAGAAGAAACAACAGAAAACUCAGAAGGUCAGUCUGUAAAUUUUACAAAAAUAUUCUCGGUCAAUGACGUAAUAUUCGCAUUCAAUAAAAGUGCUCUGUAUUUUCUAAACGUGAAAGAUGUCGAUGAUACGGUAUGGUUUAAUCAGUACAAAGAUAUAAAUGAAUGUAAAAUAUAUCGUGAUGUUAUAUACGUUUGGCUUUCGAACGGUACGCUAGUUAACCUUAGAUUUUUGAGUCUAGAAAAAUUUCUUAUUAAGUGCUUUUUGGACGAAAAAUUUACACUGUGUGCUGAACUAUGUGCCUUGUAUAAAGAUUUCUUAAUGUCGCGUCAGUUGUCGCCUAAGCUUCAUAUUUUGAGCGCGCUAAGGGAGAAAGUACAAAAUAAUGGAACAAACCAAAACCUAGAAUGUAUUUUUGACAAAUUUGACUCCCUUAAAUCUAAUGAGGUGGCCCAAUUGAAAUCUGGUGUUUAUGUAGUAGAAAAUUCGUAUAAUAAUCAGCUCCUAUUAGACGAUGAUGUAGAAAUGAAGAACACUGGUGAUAAUGUUUUCGCUAUAGCACCAGAUCCACUACAAGCUCUAAAAGGGCUUCAAGUGACCGUUUCGGACAAACUUAUUUCCAGCAAACAACGUUUAAAAGAGAAAUGGGAAGACUUUGAGGAGAAAAUGAAGCAUAUGAGUACAGAUAAAAACGAUACUUUGCAUAUAAAUGCACAAGACAAUGAUGCUACACCAAAAUGGAUACCUAGAGACGAAUACGUAAACGAAGAUGUUCCUCAGAGUGUAGAUGAUAUUAUUUACAAGGAAUCUAGUCAAGAUACCAUAGAAGUAGACAAUAAUGUAGACAUAGAAAACGAUAUCUGCAAAAAGCUGUAUCAAUAUUCAAGAUUAAGUUUAGUCAAUAAGGAAGCAGAUGUAUCGAAUUUAUCUUCAAUCAUUCAAAGCCACGCCUGUGAUAUUAAUAGAAUCUACGACCUAAUGCUGUCACUAGAAAACUACUGCAUAUCUAUAGGAGUUUUGGACGAAUCUAAAUUUGUACCUAACAAUAUAUUUCUUACUCAUUUAAAUAGCUGCGCGCAUAAAUCUGAAUAUUUAGAUGUUAUUAUAAAAGACGAGACGUUGUAUAAAUACUUUGUAGAUUCGUGUAUAGCUGUAAACAUAAAGAAUCAGAUGCUCAUGAACAUCGGAUGCGAGUGUGGGUUCCCCUUGCCGUACGUGCGGAGCAGUCAGAUGCCCGUGUUUUCGGAAUUGAUAGACGAAUUCAUAGAGAUGCAGUGGUCUAGUCAGACGAAGGAGCAAUGCUAUGAAGUGUGCAAAAGGAUGCCGCAUCUCUGGAAGAAGAUACUGUAUCUGCGACGCAACGAAGAUCUCGUGAAUGUUUUGAGAGUACUUCUUCAGAUGCUCGACGAAAAUCUCCUGCAUUCUUUCCUCCCGCAGUUUACCAUCGACACGUGGGAACGCGCCAUACAGUUGUAUGCUACGUUGUAUGCGAAUAUCUGCUUGAAUUGUGACAAAAAGUUUGACCACAUCUCGGUAAAGGAUACUCUCAGUUGGGAUCUACUAGGAUCGUUAAUAAUCAAGUCGGUUGGCGGGAAGAAGGCGAUUGAAUUGAUAAAAAAACACUCACACUUGGUAGAAAAGGGCGCUUUGACGAUAAAGUUCUAUCACUCGUGUAUAUUAGUGAGUCUGUUUGAGAAAUUCGACGUCAUUAUCGCUGUCCCUCUAGUCAACUGUUUGUACAGCUCGUAUGAAUACGAAGAAUCGAGAAAUGAGGUGUGCAAACUUCUCAACAGCAUAACUGAUGGGAAUAUAAAAAACACGGCUUUACCUCUUACCGUAGCUGCGACCUCACCCUACUGGGGAUUGAAGGAUGUUUACGAGAAAUUCACGUACUUCAGAGAAAAAGACUCGCAGAACACAAUAUUACACGACAUUUUAUUCACUAUGACAACACUGAAUACUAUUCCGGACUGUUCACUCUGUGGGUUGCCAUUACACAACGAGGUGUUGAUCCAAGAUGGCGGACUCUGGGUUUUUAAGUGUGGCCACACUUUUCACGGCACAUGUUUAGACUUGAAUAAAAUUAGAUUGUGCCCCUCUUGCCCUCUGUAACGUAAACAAUAUUGUAAAUAGAUGUUUAUAUUAUUUAUUUAUUAUUUAAUUAAUAAAACAAGGUUACUUACCUGGUUCUAUUCGGGUGUGGUCACAUGAAAUGAAUUCUUCCGGACAGUGCAAGCGGCUCCAAUCGUUUUUGAUGUGAACAAACCCUAACUGUAUUAACUAUAUAAGAUUUUUUUAUUAGUAUUUAUAUAAAAUAGAGUUU